GUGGACCACAUCGGCAUGUUUUACACGUUUAAGAACGGAGAUACAUGGUUGACUUUGAACGACAAACGUCUUUUCCUUACCCCCGAUCUGGACGAGCCCGACACUCAGCGAGGUCCUGAGGAUACCGAGGACUGGCCUAUAAUGAGCCCCGAAGAACUGAAGGAGGUUCUUGCGAAGCAUCCCUCUUACGAGGAGCUUGAUGCUAUCUGGCAAGAGGCCCAGGCGGGACGCCGUGCCAUGAACACCCUUAUGGCACUUACUUGAGAAUUCACUAGCUCAUCUCACACUCAAGGCUGGA